AUGUCGGACAAUGCUGGUUACAUCUGUGCCUUUGUGGGUGCCUUGGCGCAUGGAUCGUAUGGUGUUCCCGUCAAGGCUACCAAAGAUGUUGACGUCCAUCCACUCAUCUUGCAAUCCUACAAAACGGCCGUCCUGGCCUUUAUGAGUUGUGUGGUGAUUCCACUCGUCACUGUUUGGUUGGAACAAGGCAAAGAAUAUGACGCAAACAAUAGGCUUCGGUUCACUCCCUUUGGAAUACUCUCGGGAUUUUUAUGGGUAACGGGUGGUGCUUGUGGAAUUUAUGGAAUCCGGAAAGCAGGAAUGGCCAUUGCUGUGGGAACUUGGGCCAGUCUGAUGGUCUGCGUCAAUUUUACUUGGGGGAUUCUCAUUUUCAGAGAACCCGUCCAUUCCUUUUUGGAAUCCUGCAUGGCCUUUGGCUUGUUGCUUGUAGGGUUGGUAGGAAUGAGCAAAUAUUCGGCCAAGCCUUCUGGUGAUAUCAAAGACGAAACUUCCAAGAAAUCGAGGCCGGAAGACAAUGGCAGCGAGGAGGAGCCCCUCUUCAACAGUACGAACAGCCUCGAAAUGGAAGACGGUGUUCGUCCUGCUUCAUCAUCGUCGUCAUCCAAUUGGGGCGAUGUAGAAAUGAGAAACAAGUCCGACGGUACCUCUGCCACCAACAUUGGUGGUUCGACACGGCGAUUGGCCAAUCGGGGUCCUUCGAACAGCAGUAACGUGAACUAUGCCAAUGGGUCCAGUAGCAAUGCCAUUGGAGAAGAAGAAUCAGAAGAUACAUCACUGGCGAUGGGUCUCUUCCAAAAGAUGAAUGCGGUUAUAUAUGGGGAUGUUGAUCGUCACAAAAAGCAUGCCAAUUUGAAUCUCAUUGCCAUUUGGUACCGGUUCAUGGCCUUGAUCUCAACGGCCUUUGCUUCCUUGACUCCACGACAAGCCGGUAUUCUCAUGGCGGCCACGAACGGAAUUUUGGGCGGAUGUGCGUUGGUGCCCCUGCAUUAUGCCAAGAAAGAAGGCUUUCAGGGGUUGACCUACAUUCCAAGUUUUGGUUUGGGAUCCUUCAUUGCCAAUAUUGUCUUGUGGUCCCUCUAUUUUGCUUGGACGUAUCAACAACAACGACAACAAUAUCAUUCGCAAGCACCUGAAAAAGAGGUGCCGCGAACAUCGAUUUGGAAAUCGAGCGUCGAACUCAUGCCAUCCUUUUAUUGGGCCAAACUGUGGAAGCGUGGACUACUGGCUGGAUUUCUGUUGAGCAUUGGUAUGAUUUGUUCCAUCUUGGCGACGGGUGCCUUGGGCCAAGGCGUCGGUAAUUCCUUGGUCCAGUUGAAGAUUCUUAUCAGUGGUUUAUGGGGUAUCUUUUAUUACAAGGAGAUCCAGAACAAGCGCUCCAUCAAGUUCUGGUUCUUGUCGGCAUCCAUCUGUAUUUCUGGUAUCUUGGGACUCACCUAUCAACGGCUCAUGGCCACUCAGGACGCAGCAAUGUCAGCCGCAGCAGCUUUGCCACUGGACAUAGCCUCAUUGGAAGUGACAGUCCCGCCUACCGAAGGGAUGAUUAUUACCUCUCCACCACUUGACUCUUCUGCAAUAAUGGACACUCCGGUCGGGGAUUUGCCAAAUUUUCAAGUUGCAGAGGCUGCCUUGGCUGCAGGAAACAAUAACUGA